GGCGGAGGCUGUGACCUGCAGGCGGCCGGGGGCGGCAGCGCCGUGCCGCGGGGUGGCCCCUGGGCUCCGGGACACCGCUCCGCGUUGGGGCUGUCCUUGCUGUGGCGGUGCCCGGGGUUACACGAUGGCAGAAGCUGCUGUGUCUCCGCUGAAGCACUUCGUGCUGGCGAAGAAAACCAUUACUGCCAUCUUCGACCAGCUGCUGGACUAUGUCACCGAAGGAGCGACUUUUGUGGAAGCAACCUACAGGAACCCAGAGCUUGAACAUAUAGCAACGGAAGAUGAACUAGCAAAAAUACAGGCAUAUAAAAAGAAGCUAGCAGUCAUUGGUGAGGUGCUUUCACGGAGACACAUGAAAGUGGCAUUUUUUGGCAGAACAAGCAGUGGGAAAAGUUCGGUCAUUAAUGCCAUGCUGUGGGAUAAGGUGCUUCCCAGUGGGAUUGGCCAUACAACUAACUGCUUCCUCAGCGUGGAAGGGACUGAUGGAGACAAGGCUUAUCUUAUGACAGAAGGAUCUGAUGAAAAAAAGAGCGUCAAGACAGUCAAUCAGCUUGCUCAUGCACUUCACAUGGAUAAAGAUUUGAAAGCUGGCUGUCUUGUCCAUGUCUUUUGGCCCAAGUCGAAGUGUGCCCUGCUGAGAGAUGAUUUGGUUUUAGUGGACAGCCCUGGCACAGAUGUCACUACAGAGCUCGACAGUUGGAUUGACAAAUUCUGCUUAGAUGCUGAUGUGUUUGUCUUGGUUGCCAAUUCUGAAUCGACUCUCAUGAACACGGAAAAGCAUUUUUUCCAUAAAGUGAACGAACGACUUUCUAAACCAAACAUCUUCAUCCUGAACAAUAGAUGGGAUGCCUCUGCAUCAGAACCAGAAUAUAUGGAAGAUGUGCGUAGGCAGCACAUGGAGCGCUGCCUGACUUUUCUAGUUGAUGAGCUCAAAGUUAUUGAUCCCGUAGAAGCGAGGAAUCGCAUCUUUUUUGUUUCAGCAAAAGAAGUUCUGAGUGCCAGGAGACAGAAGGCCCAAGGGAUGCCAGAGGGUGGUGGAGCACUUGCUGAAGGAUUUCAAGCAAGAUUCCAGGAAUUUCAAAAUUUUGAGCAGAUAUUUGAGGAGUGUAUCUCGCAGUCAGCCGUGAAAACCAAGUUUGAACAGCACACUAUCAGAGCUAAACAGAUAAUAGAUACUGUGAAAAACAUUAUGGACGCCAUAAACGUAGCAGCAGCAGAGAAAAGAGUCCAUUCAAUGGAAGAGCGAGAAGAUCAGAAGGAUCGGUUGGACUUUGUUCGAAAUCAGCUGAACAUUUUGACGGAAGAUACUAAGGAAAAAAUCAAGCGUGUAACUGAGGAAGUAGAAAAUAAAGUCUCCUCUGCCAUGACCGAUGAGAUUUGCAGACUUUCAGUUUUAGUUGAUGAAUUUUAUUCAGAUUUUCACCCUUCUCCUCAAGUGUUGAAGCUCUAUAAGACAGAACUCAACAAACAUAUAGAAGAUGGUUUGGGAAAGAACCUGGCUGAUCGUUGCUCCAGUGAAGUCAAUCAGUCAAUGCAUCAGUCACAGCAGGAGAUGAUUGAAAAUCUGAAACCGUUGUUGCCUUCUGGUUCUCAGAAUCAGCUCCACUUGCUAAUUCCAUGCAGGAGGUUUGACCUUAGCUAUGAUCUAAACUGUCAUAGUCUCUGUGCGGAUUUCCAAGAGGAUAUCAUGUUCCACUUUUCCUUGGGAUGGACUUCACUUGUAAACCGUUUCUUGGGUCCUAAACAUGCUCAGAGAGUACUACUGGGACUAGCAGAUCCAAACUUACCAAUCCCUCGUCCUUUAGCUACCACCCCGUCUGCUGCCAGCCUUCCUGCCCUAACUCCAGAGAACGCACCACAGGAUGAUUUUAUGGUUCCUUUGGUAAUGAGUUUAGCUUCGCUGACAUCACGGACCUCUAUGAGCAUCAUCGUUGUUGGCGGAGUGAUCUGGAGAACAGUAGGCUGGAAGCUCAUCUCUCUUUCCCUAAGUAUGUAUGGGUUAUUAUAUCUCUAUGAGAGGCUAACUUGGACCACUAAAGCAAAAGAGAGAGCCUUUAAGCAGCAGUUUGUGAACUAUGCUACCGAAAAGCUGCAGAUGAUCGUCAGUCUUACGAGUGCGAACUGCAGCCAUCAGGUGCAACAGGAAAUGGCAACUACUUUUGCUCGGCUCUGUCAGCAGGUGGAUAUUACCCAGAAAAACCUGGAAAAAGAAAUCGAUAGGCUUUCCAAAGAAAUAGAUCAGCUGGAGAACAUUCAGAGCAGCUCCAAGCAACUACGAAAUAAAGCCAUUCACCUUGAGAACGAACUAGAUCGCUUUACAAAACACUUCCUUCAAAAGAGUAAAUAAAAUAUCAUUGGUAACUUUCCCGGUGAUCCUUUGUAGGACAAAGUAGAAAUUUUACAGAUGACACUUCUCUGUGGAGUUGCAUGAAAUGAUGAUUAUAUUUUUAAUGUUACUUUGAUUACACUUCUUAAUUAUUAUAGAACUUGUUUUGAACUCUGAUGGUGAACCAAACUGAAGAGCUGUGGGACUUAGAGUGUUAUGUUUGUUUUUGCAGAUUUUGGGUUAAAAAUUAUCUUUAAACACUAAAUUUCUUUGGGCACUUGACAAUAAAAACCCAUAUCCCUUUUGGUUUUCAUUAAUAUUUAGCAGUGGCACUCACUUCCUGGCAUCCAGGAGGAGUUUCUGCAGGGAGAGAAAACUUAACACUGUUAUCAUUGUCUCCUGUUACCGGUUGAUGAGGAAUAGCCAGGGAGGAAGGAUGCUGCUCUUUCACUUAGGGUUGUUUUGUUUUUGUGUUCUAUUGAAGGGAAGUACAAAGUCUAGCAUGGGGAAAGGACUCGUCUGUUCUGAAAGCGAGUGAAAUUUCGUUGUGAAGCGGUUCCUCUUCUUUGAAUGGAAAUGAAAGAUGAUAAACUGUAGAGCAUUCACUAGCGAAAUGCAGUGGGCUCCAGUUUUCCUGCUGGCUACUGCAUUUAGGUAAGGUGGCAUUGAUGAAGUAGAAGUAAACAGAGUUGGUAAAGUGGUGGAAGGGUCACUUGCUUCUGAGAGCACUACUGGAACCCGCAUGCAGGUGAGCUGCAGGUUGGUGGUGUCACCACGCUAGCAGCAAAGAAGUAGCGUAGCCAGGGGUCUGGGCUCAACUUGUGCGUGUUGGGGGUGGAAGCCUCAGGUGCUGGGCUCGUGCUGCUGCAUUCACAGAGCAGGUGGAGGCUGGGCUCGACAGUUUUUACUCAUGUAGUGUCCUGAACAGCUCCUUGGCUCUGCCGUAGCGCAGAGGUCUUCUAGGUGAGACCUAUGACAGGUACGUUCGAGUGGUUUUACCAUUGCUCACCCCCAGCAGUGCAAAGCCUCUUAAAAUUGCUGCUGACAUCGGUAAUCGCUUAACACCUUCAUUUUUUCUAACCAGACUUUUUAAAAAUAACUUAUUUUGAAAGAGAAAGCCUUUUCAGAAUAUUUAUAUAUUUUUAUGGAAGUAUUAAUGUGACUAAAUGAAAUACUUACAAAUGAGUAAUAGCAAUUCAAAACUAAGAGGUAGGGAUUUGCUAUUUUCCGGUAAAAAGGGCUAUCCUAGAAGGAAAUACAUUUUAAAAGCUAAUGCUGGAGAGGUAGGUUAUUAGUAAUUUGAAGACUAAGAACACUGUUUCCACCAUGAUGUAUUUUGGUGUUUGUUUUUGACUGUGCUAGCGGAAGCAUGGCUGUUUUGAAACUGUCUUUAGCAGUAUGCAUGGUGUCUCAGGUUCUCUGAGGGAAACUGUGAAAUAUGAAAAUGAUUAACAGCCCAGCCUUCCUGUAUAUGAGGUUACAGAUAUGUAUUAAUGCUCUUUUCUGGAGCAUUUUUUAAUGGACGUUGUAUGAAGAUAAAACUUUAAAUGCAUGUGUUCUACAAUUAUUUAUUAAAAAAAUGCUGUCCCCCUUUGCUCUAGUAAAAUUAUUUGACAGCUGUCUCAAAUGGGAAAAGUCAUGCCACUGUUUCCAUGUUUUCCAUGUGUACACUAUAGGACAAAACCUACAAAUUUUGAGGUUAAGGUUUAAGGUUUUUUUUUCCUCCAGCAGACAAGCAAGCUGUGCAUUGUAUUUGGGGGUUUGGAGAAAAUAAUUAGCGCUACAGACUUGACAAAAUGCAGAACUGGAAAAAGGCUGCUCCUUAAGAGAGCAGCGCUGUGUAACAGGAAUUCUGAUAUUAAGAAUGAGUAAAUGUAGUAAAGCCUAGUUUUUCCACUCCAGGACUGGUGGCUAACUUCCAGCUCCCUUUAUUGUAGUAUUAGCAAGCCCUUGAGUUUAUUCAGCCUCUUUCUUAGGCUGAAAAAAAAGAAAGCCACAGUCCUUUGAGGGGAGAAAAAAUCACCUUAAUCAUUUUGUUCAUAAGGGCAAAUUACUUGCGUAACAUUCUGCUGUUCAACACGCAUACACAGCAGGUCACUGCAACAAGCUCACCAAAAGCAACAUCGGUUGAUGUCGUUGAUCUAUCCACAUCGCAGCCACUGCCUCUGGAAGAAUUUUAAUUUUUAGGACAGGUGACAAUUGCCAUUAAAUAAAGCAUUCGCAUGUGACACAGUCUGGUUAAAAGCACUUGUUUAUUGGUUACAAUAUCAACUCAUGGCAACAUCUUUCACUGAGCCACUGUACAAAUACAAAGAAAAGAUCCAUUGUGGAAAAAAAAAAAGCUAUAAACAGAGUUCAUAGCAAGUGAUUUUUUUUCACAGGGAAGUCUUUUUACAACAGCACUGUUAAAGAACAAAUGGCACAAGUCCCUGGUUUUUUUAAUAGCUUAAAUAAAAGCUUUAAGACUGUUUCUGUAUACAUACACGAUCCAAAGGCAGUGCAGAAUCACUUCAUAAUUGGUAACAUUACUGAAGUUUUCCAAAGUAGUCAGCAACAAGUUAAAAAAAAAAAAAAAAGAAACCUAGCUGAUGAGAAAUGCUGGAAACUAAAGGCAAAUUAAAAUCAAGCAUGAUUAGAAGCAUUUUUUUGUUGUUUUGGACUCCUUUGGAUGUAAUAUGUACUACAAGUGUUCAGAUGCUUUUAUUUUUUAAGAGAAAAAAAAGGAG